AUUAUUUAACUUCUUGAAAUUGAUUUAACGUAUACAUGUAUGAGUCAUUGCGCAUGCUCAGAUUCACUUCCGGGGUUUACAAGCUUAAAAAGCUCACCUUCACAGAAUGAAUAAGCUAGUACACAUUAUUCUGCUAACUUUCGUUUCUACAGCCUGGUGUGCUGACCCUAAAGUUACAAUUAAGUAUACCUUCCCAAAGACAGUAGUAAGAAAUAACUACAAGACAGUGGUUGUGGAAAAGGACAGAGAUUGUCUCCUGGCUUGUAUUGUGGAUAAUAAAAGAGCUGAAAAGAAGGUGCAAUGGUUGGUGCAGAAUUUUAGAACAAACACACCAAUUCCUAUUUCCACAGACACUGACACCCAGAAUGCUUUCAAGUAUCAGAUAGAUAAGCCAGCAGCAAACAACUGGAGACUAAAGAUUCAGAAUGCGCAGGAGUCGGACCAGGCUCUGUAUAUUUGUAGGGUCCAGUUGGGAGGGCAACAGAAUGCUAACGACAGUCGAAUGAUCCAAGUGAUACAGACACCACAGAUUAUUGAUUAUAAAACCAGUUCAAACACCAUCAAGAAGGAGACUGAUCCACUAGAUCUGAGAUGUGAUGCAAGUGGUAUCCCAAAACCAGUGAUUAGCUGGACUAUGGUUGGUGGUGGUGUAUUACCUACUGGAGGAAGAGAACUUACGGCCCCCUCAAUCACCAUUGACAAUGUGAACAGGAACAUGAAAGGUGCAUAUAAAUGUAAAGCAGAGAAUAUAGCCGGGGCAGACAUCCGCAUUAUAUAUCUCAAUGUCCAGUUCCAGCCACAAGUACGGGCGAAAGAGGACGUUGUGCGGCAGGCGGUUGGUUUUAGCAGUGAACUUACCUGUCUGGCUGCCGGAAACCCGAUACCUGAAGAGUCCCAGAUGUACUGGUCAAGAGAUGGAGUUGCUUUAGAUAAUAGAAAUAAAUUUGUUGAGGAGUACUAUGUUGGUUCAAACUAUGUCUUGAUGAAGCUGAUUGUGAAAGAUAUCACCGAGAGUGAUUAUGGACAGUACAGAUGUUAUGCUGAAAAUAUUGAGGGAAAUGAGAAUGCAUUUGUUGAACUCCAGCAAUCUGCCUCAGAAGUUGUGCAACGACCAGGACUCAGUGGAGCCUCCAUGCUCACGUUCAGCAUAACAACAAUAGCCAUGCUGGUUGUCACAGCACUGCUGCAUUGUUGCUAGAAUGGCUACAAAGACAUUUUAUAUACAUCAACAUUUCUACCUAAAGGGCUCGAGAAUUUUUAUUACAACCUGAAAGCCUGGUGCCUACUUUAUAAAGAUAUUGAGACACAACCUGAAAAAAAAUAUUCUGGUACCCUAAAAAUAGACAAAUUUGCUGAAUGAAAUAUUCAUAUAAUUUUAUUAAGAAUGCAUUUUAGAGAUUUAAUAUUUACUGUAUUUAUGCUUUUGCUGAUAAAUACUUAGAUGCUUAGUCAAUCGUACCUUAUUGAAGAAGAAAUGAUUUAGACAAAACUUUUUAUAAUCAAAACAGUUAACAUAUUACUAUGAAUUAGUUUUUAACUGUUCUAAUUAUACCAGUUGUAAGUGAGUUAUGAAACUUGUCACUUCUGAAGUAGGAGUGGUAUACAUAUGCAAGAUUUUACUUCGCUACAUUGUCAGACUAUGUAAAAAUAAUUCAGGGUUCAUCGGCAAUAUAAUCAAAUUCUCUAAAACUAUUUCGAUUUCAUUUUUCGUACCUUAAUAUUUAGGCCAGAGGUAUUUUUUAUAUGCUGAUAGCCAAUAAAUGUGUAACAGCACAAAGGCAUUCAGCACCAUAAUUUUUUUUUUUUUGAUUUUGCGAAAACAUACAUUCUAACACCUUAAUUUGGGAGUCAGUUAAGCAAUAUUUACUUGUAAUUUGCUCUUUUGUGGAAGGGUGAUAUUUUCACUUUCUUUCUGAUAUCAUCUUGAUUGAACAGCUGAUUUGUCAUUCUGAUGUUUCACCUCAUUUGUAAAUAUUUCCAUUUCAUUUAAUGAAAACUUGUAUGUAUUGUAUAUACAUUUCUUUUAUACAUUCUGCCGGACCUUCCAGGAUUAUUAUAUACAUAUCAUUGUUAUAUAUAUUUCAUUGUGUAGAUAGGAAAAUAACAUAUCAUUUAAAAUUUUAUUAAUAUCACUUUUACAGUGCUUUUAAAUUGUUAUACUCAAAGUCUGAAUCUUACUUUUUUAACAUUUAAAUGAGCUGCACCACGAGAAAACCAAACUAGUGCAUUUGCAACCAGCAUGGAUCCAGACCAGCCUGCACAUCCGCAGGAUCCAUACUGUUUGCUAACAGUUACUCGAAUUGCAAAACUUUGAAAGCGAACAGUAUGGAUCCUGACCAGACUGUGCGGACGCGCAGGCUGGACUGGAUCCAUGCUAGUUGCAAAUGUACUAUGUUGGUUUUCUCAUGGCAUGGCUCAAAUGUUUGUUCAAAUAGUUUUACUGCAGUGCAAUCUGGAUAAAACAACUUCCUUGUUUAAGGGGAUAUAAUUGAUUUUUUCUCCACUGUUUUGUAGGCCAAAAACAUGCCUUUACAGCAGUUUUCUGACAAUAAAUAUUGUGAGAAUGUAUGACUGGAAAGUGACCAUUGACUAUUCAAUAUCUUAGUCAAAGGUUAAACAAAUCAGAAAAAUAUCGCUAGGUUUAUUCUAUAACAAUUUCCACGUAAUUUUCUAAGCGUAGGCAAGUAGGUAAUUUAACUGAAAGAUUAUGUAUAAAAAUGAUGUCAUAUUACCUGUUUAAGCCAGUGAAGGGGAACAUUGAAAAGGUUUUUGGAAUUAUUAAUGCACUAUGAUUUAACAUCAUUGGAAUAUGCUUAUAUGAAAGAUGAAACAUUUUUUUUCUCUAUUUAUCAUAAGAAGUUUUGGGGAUUUUUUUCUGUCUUGCUAUUUUACGUUUAUGUCCGUCUUUUGUAAAGGGUCUUAUUUUUCUUGUGUCUUAACAGGUAUUUAAGCCCAGAGCAAUUUCUUAGAAAUCUCAUUCUUUCACUGUAUGGAGAUUGUAUUAUAGCAUAAUUCAUUUUUAUACGUCCAUAUAGUAAUGUAUAUUAAGGAAAUGAAAUUAAAUUUUAUGUACAUUUUUCUUGUACGUACUCGAUCAAACUGAGUACGCUGUUAUUUUGCUGGGUUGCAUUCUUUACUUAUAGAGGAUUUUCUUAAAGAUUUUAUUAUACAGAUUCCUGAUUUUGGGACGAGUAGAUUACACUAAACAUUUUCAUUAAUUGCCUAAAGUUAAAACAGUCAUUUUGUUUAGACUACAAAAAAGUACAUUUCUUAAUACUUUUGAAUCAUGGAUGUUUGUUGAAUUUUGCAAACAGAUCCCUAGGUUCAGUCUAUAAAGUGGAUUCAUCUUUAAUUACAAAAGUGGGAUUUGAUCAAGAAACUACCAAAAUUUGGUAUUCUUUGUACACAUUUUGUGUAUUUAGAUGUAAUACUAAUUUUGGCAUUUUAAAAAUAGUGUGUGUUUACAAGAAAUUAUUUAACAACUCUUAAGCUGUGCCUGGGUUUUUCUUUCUUUCAUUUCUUGAUAUUGACAAGAAUUAGUAAUUGUUUUAUCCUCAUUAUUUGUUGUGUAACAAAAUCAUAUCAAUUUAUUGUAAAUAUGUAUGCCAUAUUUUUUUUCUGGUGUAUUAUCAUUUUUAUACACAAAUAAAAUAUUUUCUUAUUUACUCAUA